UGGGGUCACAGGCAGGGUUGAAUUUCCCGUUCUAGCCCGUUAACCGUGGGGAGAAAUGGUUCCUGUCCGCAGCCACACCUCUCCUUACCCUCCCCGUGGUUACACGGUGUGGGAGGGACAACCUCUCUAAGGCAGCGCUCCCUCGUGGUACAACAUUUAACCGACGUUUGCAGCGAGGCAAAAGUGAAACUGGCUUUGGGCCGACGCCCUUCGCUUCCUCAAGCCUGAGCGGACGGCCCAGCGGGGGAAAUCGGGGCAAACGGCGCGGUGGUGAGGCCGGCAGCGGAGUGGGACGUGUGGAGGCGGCUGUGGGGCAGGCGGAUGCGAUGGAUUCCUGGGUGCCGCUUCUCCUCGUCCUCGGUGGGUUCCACCAUCACCCAACCGAGGGGCUCGAGGUGACUUGCUCUCCGUACCCGAUACUGACGCACGUUGGUUCUGGGGUGGUGCUGGAGUGCCAGGUGCUCCCCAUCAUGAACCUUCAGGAUAAGGAGAUCCGCUGGAUGAAGGGCAAAGCCCUGGUUCACCUCUACCGCUUCAGCCAAGACGAGAAUAGCCAGCAGGACCCCAGUUUCCAGGGCCGGACCCAGCUCUUCAAAGACGAGUUCCCGAAGGGCAACGUCUCGCUGCUGCUGCAGAACGUUGAGUUGUCCGACCGGGGCACCUACAACUGCUUUGUGGAAGUGUCGCCUGACACCAACCAUGACUCCAAUGUCGAGCUGAGUGUGACCAGUGUCGGGGAGCUGCCCUCCAUCAACCUGCUGCGGUACACGAGCAGUGGCAUUCAGCUGGUCUGUGACUCCCAGCAGUGGUUCCCUGCUCCGAUGGUGAGGUGGAGAGACCAAAGCGGCAAGGUCUUGGCCGAGGAAACCCAGACCACCACUGAGCAAAACUCCAAAGAUUUCUACCAUGUGCGGAGCAUAAUCGAGGUGACGGAAGGCUCUGGGAACAACUACAUCUGUCUGAUAGAGAGCAAGGUCAUGAAUCAAACUCUCUCUGCAGAGUUUGAUGUGCCAGAUGAAUUCUUUCCCCGGACAUCCAAGUGGCUCUCUGGCUUCCUCCUCAUCUUCUUCCUCCUGAUCGUAGUCGUCGUUUUGCUCGUGUUAUUCUUUCGGAGGCUCCAGAAGCACAUCAAAGAUCUCAAGAAGCGACCGACAGCCAAAGAGUACAUGGAUCUGCAGAUGAAGAAGAAUGCACUCAAAGAGGAACUGGGUACACUGCACGGCAACCUAGAAAGGAUUCGCGUUCUCCCAAAAACAGCCAUUAACAGAAUCACAAGUGUUGCUGCUUCUGUGACACUCGACAGUGACACUGCACACCCGGACCUGAAGAUAUCUCCCGAUCUGACCACUGUGAGCCAUGCAAAGGGACUGAAUAUUCCUGCUGGAAACAGCAAGAGGUUUGACUCCAUGUUAUCAGUGAUGGGAAAGGAAGGAUUCAGCUGCGGCAGGCAUUACUGGGUGGUGCAAGUGCGGAGCAACUCUGAAUGGGACCUGGGAGUGGCCUUGGAUAAGGUGGUGAGGCAGGGAAUUACCCCUCUGAGCCCAGAUAAUGGAUUCUGGACCAUUGGAUGUCAUGAGAAGGACUACAGAGUCAACGCCACUACCAGCGCACAAAUCUCCAUCCAGCCACUCACCCAGGCACAGAUCCAGAUGAUUGGAAUAUAUGUCAACUACAGUGAGAGAAAGGUCCUGUUCUGCAAUGCUGAGACAUACUCUCAUCUCCACACUUUUGAAAUGUGCAAUUUUGAGGGGGUAAUAUUUCCCUUCUUCAACCUCUCAAAGCAGGGAGAGCCUCUGAAGAUUUGUAGGGUUGCACCUUCAGCAUAAAUAGUCCAUGUCGCUCGGGCAUCAUUUGUCCUGAGCAAUGUGGGAAUCCUGUGCCAACCUGUCAGAUGGUGCAGUGCCCUGCUGCAUCUCUGAGAACAGAUAACUACAGCCAGAAAUGUCCUGGCCUUUUCCCACUUUCUCCAGGGCUGACUUAGAACCAAUUUUAUGGCUUCAUGGUGCAAAUGUAUUGCUGGUCAACAAAGUGAUGCAGAUGCUUCCUGAAUCCCUGACUCCAAACCCAUGGUAGUUGGUGUGCCAGGGUGAGCUUGGGGAAGCUUCGUUCACCCCUGAGCCAGGUCUGCAGACCUUCCCAUUAUUCCUGCCUAUAUUUCUAUCCCUCAGUUCAUUCCCACCCAAUUUCAAUCAGAGCUUGCUCACUGCUCCUUCGAGGGACUUGCAUCCACCGCCUCCUUCCCUUCCACCCCCUCCUCCUCCACCUUUUCGAUGAUGAUGGCAUUUCCUGGUUAAAUAGAAACAUGGGGAAUUGCCAUGCAUUCCUAGAUCGACCAGGGAAAUUCGGCAUUGGGAGUCGUGUGAUUCCUGAGGGGUGGGGGGGUGGGGUGGGGAAUGUGUCCUAGGGCACCAUUUAGGAUCUUGUAUGAAAUCUCUACUUCUGCUUGUGUUGCGCAGUUUGUAAACUGUAAAAUCACUGUUAUUUUUUGAAUAAAUAAUAUUUACCCUU